CUCGGCAUGUCUUCGAGUAAUGGAUGCUUGUAAGAGAUUGAUGAUGACCUGGACCCGAACUGCCAGACACGUAAUAAUAUCAAGGCUGUAGUAAAGGCCAACUCAAGUGAAUUCACUCUAUUAUCACUCGUCACAUAACACAGUACGAAAUCGAAUCUGUCAACGUCAGCACUUCAUUUGGUCCCGCAGUGUCAAAUACCGGUCAAAAGUCCCGCAGUCGAUCUCAGUAUACCUUCAGAGUUUCACGGGCCUACGGAACCACUUUGUUCAUUAUCCUACAGACUCAGAUGAGAAAACCAUCGAUUCUUAUCCAAGUCAUUGAUCCAAACGAGCGAAAUGGCUUCGAAAGUCUUCCAAGUCCAAGAGCAUGUCUUGCCUUGCCAACACAUCAGGCAGUACCAUCGCGCGACAGUAGACGGAGAAGACGGUGUAUUGAACUUGGCGAUUAAGCAAUACACACCGUUGAACAAUAAAAGCCCUAAGCCAAACGACCUCACCAUCAUCGGCGCACAUGCGAACGGCUUUCCGAAGGAGCUAUACGAACCACUCUGGAUUGAAUUGCUCCAAAGAACCGAACAAGCUGGCAUCGGUGUCCGUGGCAUAUGGAUAGCAGAUGUCGCACAUCAAGGCGCCAGCGGUGUCCUGAACGAGAGCAAACUAGGAGAUGAUCCAUCAUGGUUCGACCACCCUCGAGAUCUCCUACACAUGAUCAACCAUUUCCGCGACCAGAUCCAGCGCCCAAUCGUCGGCAUCGGCCACAGCAUGGGCGGAUGCCACCUCGUCAACCUCUCCCUCAUCCACCCGCGUCUCUUCGCCAGCCUCAUCCUCGUCGACCCCGUCAUCCAGAAAUACACCACCGCCCAGGGAAACUACGCGCCCGCCCGAGCAUCCUCCUUCCGCAGAGACAUCUGGCCAUCCCGCGCCGCCGCCGCACAAGCCUUCAAAAAGAGCAAAUUCUACACCGCCUGGGACUCGCGUGUCCUCGACCUCUGGAUCCAACACGGCCUCCGCGACCUCCCAACACACCUCCACCCCAUCCCAGACGACCCAGCAUCCCCAUCCCCCUCUCAAACCUCCCCCCUACCACCCAUAACCACCGAACCCACCCUCACCCCACAACCCACCUCUCCCCCCGUAACCCUCACCACAACCAAACACCAAGAAGUCUUCACCUUCCUCCGCCCCAACUACGCCCCGCAACCCACCCCCGACACCCCAGGCCCCCACCUCCUAACAACCACCACCCCCUCCCAAAACCGCACCACCAUCCCCGACCUCACCCCCAGCCCAACCCCUCAAUCCCCCUUCUACCGCCCCGAACCCACCCUCACAUUCACCCAACUCCCCCACCUCCGCCCACCCACCCUCUACAUCUUCGGCGCCCAAUCCUACCUCUCCCAGCCCGACGCCCGCGCCGAGAAACUCGCUUGCACAGGCGUCGGCGUCGGCGGCAGCGGCGGCGCCCCCGAGGGCAAGGUCAGGGAGUAUGUGAUGCCGGGCGUUGGGCAUCUGGUGCCGAUGGAGAAGGUUGCGGAGACGGCGGAGCAGUGUGGUGUGUGGAUUGUGGAGUCGUUGCGCGGGUGGAGGGAGGCGGAGGAGGUGGUUUUGGGGGAGUGGGAUGGGGUGCCGCGCGGGGAGCGCGCGCGGUUGAGUGAGAGGUGGUUGGAGGCGGUGAGUGCGCCGGUGGCGGGGUUGCCGGCGGUGAAGGGGAAGGUGGAGGGGAAGGGGAAGAGUAAUUUGUAG